AUGCUUACGAAAAAGGCUAUCACUUUCUAUUACAAUCAUAUAAUUAAAGCUAAGCUUCUUACGUUUAAAGCGAACGCUAUUAUAAUAAAAGACCACUUCGAAACUGACUACCGGCGGCAAGUAAAAUACGACCGUUUACUACGACCAAGCUUAAAAGAUGAUAAGAGUCUUGUUGACAAGCUGUAUUCAGCUUAUAAAAACGUGCUAAAAACUACGAUUACACGAAUGAACUCUGCUUUUACUUUUACCGCCGCAGUUGCCGACAUUCGCAAAGCUAUUGCGUUUGCAACUAAGACCUUUCGACCUUACGCUAAAGCAAGUAGAGCUUACGCGAGCUCUAGCGAGCUACACGAUCACACUUGCUCUUACAACGCCUUAAAGGCUGACUCCGAUUUGGACGAAGAAUACGAAUGCUUUAUUCAAGACCGCUAA